AAAUUGGGAAACAAAGAGGGUAAAAUCGUCAACGCCAUCAUAUAACAUACGAGGACCUCCGCCAUCUUUUUUGUAUAUAACAUCUUCAUUCUCAUGUUUGACUUUUCACUUUCACUUGCAAUUUCUCGCUAUUCCCAUUAGCCCACGCUUGUUGAUGGCUACCCAUCUUUUCACUUUCCGUCCCUCCAGAACCCACGCCUCUGCUAUUCCUGCUCACCUUAAGCCGGACUCCGACCGCCGGAGAACUACUACGUUAUCUACCCCGACCAACUGCUGGGCACCGCUGUUUGGAUUACCGUCCGACCCCGACUACAUUGAUUCCGAUAACAAAACUGAGGUGAAGCAAAGACGCCAAGUCGAAUCGCUAACGGACGUGGGACAAAAAUGGGCCAGAACAAAGUUUUACCCGGCUCGCUUCGCGGAAGAUAAGGCCAGGCAGCUCCGUAUGAUGACUACCACCACCUCCUCAUUUCACGACAUUAUGUAUCAUUCAUCCAUCGCUUCUCGACUCGCUUCCGAUUUCAAGGAUCGCUAGGCUCUAUGGCACUCUUCCGCCAUUCACCGCUAAAAUUUGUACCUAUUAUUUAUUUUCUUCUUUACGGUUGUAUGUCCAUUUUUCAAUAUUCUUAUCAAAGGACUGAAAUUUUUUUGUUAGAUAAUGAAUAUUCCAGGAUGAUGAUGUGUAAUUACUGAAUAUCUGAUAUGAAUCUUUAUUUUGUAAAUUGUGAAUA